AUGCGUGUCAGCGGAUUUCUUGUGUUUCUUGCGUGUAUCGUCGCUUGGGCGUUCGCAACACCAGUGAGCGAUACUGAAGCGGCGUACAGGAUAUUGAACAAAUAUCUGCAAAGGUUCGGCCCCGAUGACCUACAGGAUGUGUACCUUUACGGAGAUCAUGGGUCGAACAAACGUGGACUGGGCCCCCGACCUCUUCGAUUCGGUUAA